CUGUAUUAGACGGCGCAACGGCGCGUUUGUGCAUGCACGUGCUUGCACAAACGUGAUGAUGUUUGUAUGGGUGUUCUGUGAUGAUGUGACGCUGUGACCGCUACCCCACCGCUGCAAAGAUGACAGACCCUACCUCUGCCAGCGACGUGCAGAACGUCUACCUGACGUCGAAAGACAUUAAAUACGACCCGCCAUUACCGGCGCAAGCUGUGAAUUACGUCCGCGAUUUCAUCAAGAAACAUGCCGGCCCAUAUCCCGGCGAGCCGGCGGAUCUUGCGCGUUACACGGCGGUGCUCGAGCCGGACGUAGCACGCAAGAAGCGCGGCAGCGACCAAAAGAGGAGGAGGGGCAAGUUGCUCACUUGCCGAGAGAAACGCAAGUUGGGCAUCUUCAACGUGCACAAGGACAAACUGUCGUACGCGUCGUUCGUGCCCAUCCAUCUGAUGUGGAGGGAUUAUUUCCGGGGUCUCGUACGCGACCAAGUGACCGAACACUCGCGGCUGCUCAAGGCCGAGUACACGGGCUGCUUCCUAACGGUCGCCGAGUCCCGCUGCCCGUCGUACGUGGGCGCCAGGGGCAUCGUCGUCCAGGAAACCAAGAACGUGUUUCGUCUGAUCACCGAGCAAAACGUGGUGCGUACGGUUCCCAAGGCGCACACUGCGUUUGCCUUCGAGCUCGACGGGAGGAUCUACAAGAUCUACGGCAGCCACUUCCGUGUUCAUAGCUUCGAAAGAAUGAAGGCGAAGUUCAAGACGCGCGGUGUUGUCGGCCUGUGAUUACAGCAGAAAUUAGAUAAAGGCAUAUAGUUUUCUACUAAAAUCACUAGAGGGAAAUGUGGCGCUCCAAUCGGUCGGCAGCUACCGUAGGAAUGAUGGUUAGUACUAUAAUACAUGGAUAUGCUCCGAUCCUAAUGCUUGCCGCUUCAUACGUCCUUGUGGUUUUAUCUUAUUACGCCUUGUUCGAGCUUGCUGGUCGAAAUUUUGAAUCAAUACUGUUUAUCUGAACGUAUAAGACAAGUUGUACUUAUAGCAAUAUUUUGCGAAAACUGAUCACUUUGCAAUCGUGCAACACCAUCUGAAGCCAGCAGGACAAAGUGUAAGCAAAUCCAUGUACUAAACAUCAUUCCCUUGCUGGUUGAACCGCCAUGUCUGACCAGAGUACCCUCUAACAAUUUUCGUACGAAGCUAUGCACGAUGGGUCUCUGGGCAUCGCAGGUAUUUGCACGUAUGACCAUGGUAGUGUUACCACAGGACAGAACAUUUGAGCAGUCACCAAAUGGCGACGGAACAUUCUUUAUUUUAUUGUAAAGAGCACACCCUUCGAUCUCGACGAGUGGAUCUACAAGAUCUGCAGCAGCCACUUGCAAGUACACAGCUUUGAAAGAACAGCCAAGUUCAAGGUGUUGUGUUGCAGGCCUGCGAUGGGUCCCUGGGCGUCGCAGUUGUUCACACAUUUGAUUGUGGUUCUGUUACCGCAUGAUUAGACAGCACGUUUGAGCAGUCACCAUAUGGCGACAGAAUGUUCUUUAUUGUAUUGCAAGAAGCAUAGACAAUGGACAGUUAAAGCCACUUGAAACCAAA